AUGAUAACCGAGAAAGGUGAAGAUUCAAUCACGAAAUUAGGUGCAAUCCUAGCACAAGGUAUAAUUGAUGCCGGCGGUCGUAAUGUGACCAUCUCAUUGCACAAUCGCAGUGGACAUUCGGACAUGCAGAGUGUUGUCGGGACUUUUGUAUUUCUGCAGUACUGGUAUUGGCAUUCGUUAGCGCAUUUCGCAUCAUUAGCAUUCAAACCGACUUGUUUGAUUGGACUCAAUGCCAACUUAGAGGCGUUUGGUAAAGAUAACAUUGCUUACCUUCUAGAAAUACGUUUUUUUUAG